AUGCACCAAUGGAGGCGAAGCAACUGCGCCUGUGAGUGGCUACUCCUAGCCCUGCGCACCGCGUGUACGCACGUGUUGGAGGAGAGCCCUAGCUUACGCAGCAGAGUUGAUACAGUCUCUUUCCACAACACCAUGGCAUUACUCAUCCAACGAUUAGACAAGGAAGGAAGGGCUAUUUACUUCCGGAGUCCCGCAGGAAUUUCCGACCCGGUGAAGUUCGACAGCCAUGACCUCAGCACCCAGGACCGAGUAAAUGACCUCUACAACGAAAACCGUCUCCCAGAUUCAAAAAUCAACGGCUACGUCUGCAAUUACUCCUCUUACCUCAUCCUUCAUUAUCGUAAAGAGAAGCAAAAGAUAUAUUACAAGGCUGUUCAGGCCACCUACCCAUGCGAACGCGAUCCCACCCUUGUAUUUAUGGUUGUGACCGACCCAAAAAUUCGGAAUCAGAUUCAAGUAAUACGUCUUCCCACUCCACUUGUGGGGACCAUGUUUCGCUAUGUGAUUGAUCAACUGCAGCUGAGUCCGAUUAGCGAAACUGCCAACUUUAAAAACGAAAGCGUGCGCACCGCCGUGAAUUCCGGCUCAAGUUUCUCCACACCGAUGGCGGAGGAAAGUGAUGCCAGUGUGACCUCGGCCUCCCACUACUUCUACCGCAGUGCCGCACACAACCCGACUAUGCGAGCUUUUUACCGGAAGGAAGAAGAGGAACCAAAGCUGCCUCGAGUCCAACCCUUUGCAUUUUCCUCUAUUGGAUAUUCCAACAUUUACAAUUCCCAACGCUCACUGAAUCGCCAAAAAAGUGACAUCUUUGAUAAUUUCGAUUCCACCAACUACGAGAUCUACCGGCCAGUCUCCCGAAAGUCUCGGAACGGCAGAUUUGCCUAUGACUGCGGAGAGCUUCGUCGCUCAUCACGGAGACGGGCGUCUAGACAGCGAUUCGAGAGUUCCGGCUACAAUUACAACAGCCGAGCAGCUAUGCUCAACAAGAAUCUUGUCUACCUAGACCCGGAAUACGAGGACUAUAGGGGGAACCGAUACGAAUAUGGCAUGAAGCAACGAUCUGUAUUUGAUCGAACAUCCAGGAGCGGAUCAGUACCCCGCAGAUACGCCCAUUACUAA